GCUUAGAUCUCUCCGCAGCCCGGGAGGGUGAGCGCGUGUGAGAGCCGACAGGGGCAGGAGCGCAGGACCUUUGCAACUUUGUCUCAGGACCCAGCCUGGACGCCCGGGUCCGCUGCCGCCAGAGAACCCCGCGCCCUCGCCCCCUCUCAGUGCACGCGCCUCCAGGACUUCCUGAGAGCCCCAACGGGAUGCCCGCAGCCAUGCUGCCCUACGCUUGUAUGCUGGUGCUUUUGGGAGCUGGCACCAGAGAAGUGACCGGGGAAGUAAGAGGUGGCCACCUACGCUGGGAGCCCCCUUGCCAGCCACCCACGCCUGAAGGCAUGCGCAUCACUGCAGUUCUGCCCCCCCGCCUUGAUGGCCCCUGGAUCUCCACUGGCUGUGAGGUGCGACCAGGCCCAGAGUUCCUCACCCGCUCCUACACCUUCUAUCCCAACCGCCUCUUCCGGGCCUACCAGUUCUACUAUGGAGAUGCCUCCUGCCAGCAGCCAACCCACUCUCUGCUCAUCAAGGGCAAAGUCCGCCUGCGCAGGGCCUCCUGGGUCACUCGGGGUGCCACUGAGGCCGACUACCACCUGCACAAGGUGGGCAUCGCCUUCCACAGCCACCGUGCCCUGCUCGAUGUCAUCAGGCACCUCAAUCAGACCCAAGCCAUCCAGGAUUGCAUGGGGAGGCUGCCCCCAGCCCAGGCCUGGCUGCCAGGGGCACUGUAUGAGCUGCUGAGCACCCGGACCCAGGGGGACUGCAUGGUAGCACUGGGCUUUAACAUGCAUGAGCUCAGCCUGGUCCGUGUGCAACGCAGCCUGCAACCACAGCCCCGGGCUGCACCCCAGCUUGUGGAGGAACUGUACCUGGGGGACGUCCACACCACCUGGGCGGAGAGGCAUUACUACAGGCCCACCGGCUACCAGCGCCCACUGCAGAGUGCCCUGCACCACGCGCGGCCCUGCCCUGCCUGCCAGCUCAUUGCGCGCGCUGACGAGCGCCACCCGCCCGUGCUGCCCGCCCCGGUGGCCCUGCCACUGCGCCUGGGCGGCCGCUGGGCCAGCGCGGGCUGCGAGGCGCGCCCGGCUGUGCUCUUCCUCACGCGGCUCUUCACCUUCCACGGCGCUGGCCGCUCCUGGGAAGGGUACUACCGCCACUUCUCGGACCCCGCCUGCCGCCGGCCCACCUUCACCGUCUUCGCCGCCGGCCGCUACUCCAGGGGCACGCCGUCUGCCAGGGUCCACGGCGCCACCGAGCUGGUGUUCGAGGUCACGCGAGCCCAUGUGACUCCCAUGGACCAGGUCACCGCGGCCAUGCUCAACCUCUCCGAGCCGAGCAGCUGCGGGGGCCCCGGGGCCUGGUCUGUGGGUGCCGAGCGGGACGUCACAGUCACCAACGGCUGCCUGCCGCUGGGCAUCAGGCUCCCCCACGUGGAGUACGAGCUUUUCAAGAUGGAGCAAGACCCCCGCGGGCAGAGCCUGCUCUUCAUCGGACAGAGGCCCACCGACGGGUCAAGUCCAGACACCCCCGAGAAGCGCCCCACUUCCUACCAGGCACCCCUGGUGCUCUGCACGGGGCAGGCUGGAGCCGCCCCCAGGUCCCUGCAGCCCCGUGGAGGGGGGCCGUGUCCUCCUGACAUCCCUCUCGCCCUGCUGCUCCUACUCCCGGAGCUGGCCUUCCUCCAGUGGCCAUGACAUCCUCUUAACUACCAGACCUUCUCUAGACUCGGCCACCUCCGGAAGGACCAGUACUUCUCUGUUGUGGUGGCCACGUGGCCCCAGGGCUUCAGAGGGCAGCCUGUGUCCCAGAGGCCCAAAACAUGAGCUCAAGGGCACCUGCAAAGUUGGGGCCAAUGAUCACACUUUGGGAUAUGGCUGUCAAGUUUGUGGCUACAUGGCUUUUCAGACAAACCCAUGCUCCUGUUUGGAUGGUCUCCCAGCAGGCUGGAGCCAGAGGACCACCCUGAGGCUCACUGUCCAAGAGCUCCCUGCCCCUCCCUUCCUGGCCCUUGAGAUUUUGAGAUGGGAGCGAGAGCCUGAGAUGGUGCCUAGGGACAGUGCCGCUCACUGCUCUGCUAAGCCUUCAGGCUGUUGUUGAAAGUUUAUUAAUUCAAAUUUAGCAAUACAAACUCAAAGCGGGGCCAUGAAUUAAAGAUGCCACUUCGGGCUUCCAGAGCUUCUCAGCUUCCUGGCAAAGGGCCUGUCUCUUAGGGGGCCACUUGUCUUUCUUGAGUUCUGACUGCUGGCAUUUGUCUGCAUCUGCCUGUGCUUCUGCGAGUCAGACCUCAAGCUGUCAACACUUCGUGUGGAUAAAUCCAGUUCUCCAGAGCCACGUGCAAGCAAAGAGGGCUCCAUUUGAGCUGAGAAAUGUGGCCUCCCCUGGUAUGCUUUAGCCUCCGAGCCUCCCUCGCCCAUGCAGAACACCAGUGAACACUGGGCUGGAUGCCGGGGGCACGUCUGUGGAGGAGAGCAGCGUUCCAGUCUUUGGAGAGUAAUUAAUACUAAUGCUAGCAGCAGCGCUAACAUGCUCUGUAAUUAGCCCUGCACCGCUGUCCUUGGCCUUCCAGAUUCCCUGUGCCAGACUGACGGGGGGGGGGAACCUCCGAGUACACAGCUCUGGGACCACCCCAGGGGGAGCUCAGCAUCACCAGGCUACAUGGCAACACAUGGAGGCCAGGACCCAGGAAAGUCGGCCCCUCCCAGCCCCCUCGCUGUGGUGCUAAUAUACUGGUGUCCUUCUCAGCUCAGAGAGGGCUAUCAUCACGGUGGGGACAGGCUGUGCCUCUUCAGGAACCCUGCCUAUGUUCCCAGGGCCUCAUCUGUACACUGUGAAAUUAACUGGUAUCCUGAUGGGCUCAAGGGUUUGGGGGACUGUGUGCGGCUGAUUCACCCUCUCCUUCCUCUUCCCUGUUCCUGUCUCUGGCUCUUAUUGCAGAUUUUGAACAACAGUCACUCUGAGGCUAACGAUGCUUUUAGAGGGAAGCCCUUGUCCUCCCUGAGAUUGUGUGGGUCUCAAUCAGCCUGCUCAAAUUGCUCUAACUUAUUAUCCAUUCUUCUUUUCAAAAAAAGAAAAGAAAAAAGAAAAACCACCAAGUUAAUAUUCCGUGUGGGUCUCAGAGAGCUACGGUGUUCUUGGCAUAUUUACCAAAGUACAAGAAAUAAUUAGAUUAUUUACAGUCUUCCACUACAUCUUGGUGGGGGGAGUUCCCGGUGGGGAUGACAGUGGGUGUCGAUAAUAUGUCCAUGGCUGAGCAAGUCUUGUAUCUGAGGCUUGAAGCAACCAUGCCACUAUUUAUCAUCAAAUUUGAAUGUUUUAAUAAAAUUAAACAGCCUGAAAAA